ACCACCUUACAACUACUAUCACGUUCAUCUUCAGGCAAUGUUAGUCUUCAGCUAGAGGGCACUGCUUUCCAGUUGACUGUGCUACCACGACCUGCUGCUCACGCUCUGGCCGCAUACACUUUGCCCUUACGUCAUGUUGACUACUCAGCCAUGAUCCAGGCUCCGAUGCCUGGCCUUGUCAAAUCGGUAGCCGUUAAAGUAGGCGACCAUGUUGCUGACGGCCAGGAGCUAUGUGUUCUUGAGGCAAUGAAGAUGCAGAAUAGCAUGACUGCAGGAAAGUCGGGCAAGGUAAUUAAAUAUCUCACCUUGUUUAACCUCCUAAGUAAAACGUUAUUUUGCUCUUUUUGUUCCUUUCUCUAA